AUGACGGUCGUACUUAUAACGGAACACCUGAUCGAGACUACGUUCAAGCCUAUGGACACCGAUGACGACAAUCUAGUCAGCAAUAAGGUCUUCGUAGUCUAUUGUACGGUUGCCGGAAAAACCAAAGACCGCUUGUUCCGUAAGCACAAGCACUUUGUCCACGUCUAUAUCGACGAUAUUAUCAUCGCCAACAAGAAUAUAGAGGAGCACCUCAAGUAUAUUAAGACGGUUCUCGACAUCCUCGACAAGGUGAUCGCCAUAUUUAAGAAACUUAAGUUCCCCGACACCCUCAAGACCUUGGAACAGUACCUUAGAAGAGCAGUUAAGAAGCUCCGGAAAAUGUUCGACCUCAACAUCUUCUAUAUACUAGGAAAGCUCAACGUUGUGCUAGACGCCCUAUUACGUCUAUCGACCUUCGAAGAGGACGCCCCUAACGAAACCUAA